UGACAUCGCUGAUCGCUGACAUCUUUCUUUGUGCAACUUCUUAAAGUCGCUCUUGCUUGUGUAAAAUCCCGUUAAUUUGCUUUCGUAAUUUGUUUUAACAAAGGCUUUAACAAUUCGUGACGGUGAAGUGAUUUAUGAGCUACGUGACACAGGACGCUGGCCUCUGUGUAUGCCCAUAACUCCGUGCUAUAAUAAAGUAUUGUUAUAGUAAUUUAUCGAUUAACCUUCUUCAACAUAUUGUUUUUAAUGCUGUUUAUUUAUUAGUGCUGUGUGGUGACUUAGGAACCAUCAGCAGGAUUUUUGUGAGGAAGUGCAUCUCAAGACUGAGCCGUGUCUUGGGGAAAAAUCAACCCGGGCACUACGGUGGCCCCAGAAACACCCCCUCCAGCUCCCCAACCGCCAGAUGCUGUUGCAGGGGCGUUGGAGAUGACGGGCACAGACAAUAUCCGCUUUAGCGGGCACACCAUAGACAAGGCUACUAAAGCCAAAGUCACCCUUGAGAACUUCUAUACGAAUCUCAUAACACAGCACUAUGAGAGAAAGCAAAGGCUGGAGAAACUGGAGGAAUCGCUCAAAGAUGAAAGCCUCACAGAGAGUCAGAAACAGGAGAAGCGUCAACAACAUGCUCAAAAGGAAACCGAGUUUCUUAGGCUCAAACGGUCGCGGCUUGGUGUCGAAGAUUUUGAGCCAUUGAAGGUGAUCGGCAGAGGUGCGUUUGGUGAAGUGCGUUUAGUUCAGAAGAAAGAUACGGGCCACAUAUAUGCUAUGAAAAUACUCAGAAAGGCAGACAUGCUUGAGAAAGAACAAGUUGCCCACGUACGAGCGGAAAGGGAUAUUCUAGUGGAAGCAGACCACCAGUGGGUGGUAAAGAUGUACUACAGUUUCCAAGAUCCCAUGAACCUUUAUCUCAUCAUGGAGUUCCUGCCAGGUGGUGAUAUGAUGACGCUUCUGAUGAAGAAAGACACCCUCAGUGAAGAAUGCGCCCAAUUCUAUGUAGCGGAGACUGCGCUCGCUAUCGAUAGUAUACAUAAACUUGGAUUUAUCCAUAGAGACAUAAAACCCGAUAAUCUGCUACUGGACGCGCGUGGGCACAUCAAACUCAGUGACUUUGGCCUCUGUACCGGCCUCAAGAAGAGUCACCGUACCGAUUUCUACCGGGACCUUAGUAGAGCGACACCUUCUGAUUUCAUCUAUUUCCCAGUAACGACUUCAUCGUCGGCAAUGGAUUCGAAGCGACGAGCCGAGUCUUGGAAGAGAAAUCGGCGCGCCCUCGCCUACUCUACCGUGGGGACACCUGAUUACAUCGCACCCGAGGUCUUUUUGCAAACUGGAUAUGGUCCACAGGCUGAUUGGUGGAGCUUGGGAGUCAUUAUGUAUGAGAUGUUGAUCGGAUAUCCGCCAUUUUGUUCGGAAUCGCCGCAAGAAACGUAUCGUAAAGUGAUGUCUUGGCGCGAAUCUCUCACGUUCCCACCAGAGAUACCUAUCAGCGAGGAAGCCAGAGAGACUAUUCUUCGCUUCUGUUCUGAACCUGAUCGCAGACUGGGUUCCCAACGGGGCAUUGAAGACGUGAAAUCCGUGUCUUUCUUCCGAGGCGUGGACUGGAACCAUGUACGCGAGCGCCCCGCCGCUAUCACCGUCGACGUGCGCUCCAUCGACGACACCUCGAACUUCGACGACUUCCCAGAUGUGAAGCUCGAAAUUCCCUCAGCGCCGAUCACUCAGGACGGCGAAGUAGCGUAUAAAGAUUGGGUGUUCAUUAACUACACGUUUAAGAGGUUCGAAGGACUCACUCAAAGGGGUACACCCACAAAGAAGUGAACCCACUGCCCUAACGACACUUGAGCUUAUUCACUUCACCGCGCCAGAUAACUAAAAAUCACAGUGAGUUAAGUAUUGAAAAGCCAUUACCAUAAACUUACCUGAUGUCUACUCAAGGCAUAGAUGAGUUUGUGAUAUGAUUUAUUAUUAGAUGAAAUACUUGUACAUAGCUGUAAGCUUCCACUUCUUCUGUUCUCUGUCCCUUGAGUCACUUUUUCAUAGAUAACUUUUUUUUUUCAUGUAUUAUUAACAAUUUAAUUUUUCACGAUUUUUUUACAAUUGUCCUAUCGCUGUGUUCCUAAUAUUUUCUCGGGAACGGCUGGGCCGUGUCGAGUUUUAUGAUUUUUAUUUCUCUGGCGAGGUAUAAAUGUACUAACACUGUCUAUAUUAGAUUUCUUUUAAGUAUUUGAAUUUUGAUUGCGCCCGAAAUUUUAUUUUUUGUUAUUUAUCCGAUAAUUUAUAGUUAUACGUAACUAUGAUACGAAUUAAGUACAUACUUUAGUCGCUUAUGAGCGUUCCUAAGAAUAUGAGUGAUGGAAGCAGUUUUUAAUCAUCUGACAGUUCCACUUAACGGGGAACGACCUACGUUUUACUGUACAAUAUAAUAUACUUGAUUUUAUCAAAGAAUAGUUAAAUUACGUCUACUGGAACCCUUUAUUUCAACAGCCGUUCUUGCUUCGUAGAAUGUUGUAUGUUAUAUGUGAUUGUGGUAGAGUGAAACAAACCCGAAUGAUAAACUAACUUUAACUCUAUUUACUAAAAAGUGCUUAACGGCACUGAAUAUUUCACAUGAAUUCCUAUGGACCAACAUUAUCUUGCCAAUGUGCUCGCGUCGAUUGCGUUUUUAUGACAAGUAAUAUUUUACCACGCAGUUAAGUAUUUACAGUAUUUGAAUGUCGGUCGUAUUAUUGCACCCUAGUUUCUGUUGAUAGAUUAAAAGGCGAACAAACACACAUACAGAAUGGUAUACGCUAAAGACGUAAGCCUGUUGGCUUACGUGUGUGUCUAUUGAACAAUAAUUAUAGAAACUCAAUACAGAAUUGUGGACAAUUUACAACAAUACUAAAAUGUGAUAACUUUACUAACUUAUUUUAUUAAUGAUCCAUUAUUAUGAUUGAAAUAUGAAAGGAAAUUUAAUUAUAUCAAAACGGUUUAGGUUGUUAACUUGGAUGUUUAUCAGACAUAAUCCUAUCUAUAACUAUACACAUUAUAAUUCUUAGAAUAUUUUUAUAUUUAUGUAAAUAUCGAUUCGGGGUUCAGAGUUCAAUUCAUUGCAAUAGUAUUCCGUCCAAAAAUUUAGUUACUAUUAAAUUUAUUCUUAAAGUCAAAUAUUAAUUCUCAUAUAAAUUGUACAUUAUAAUUAGACGUUUGAACAAAACUUAUUUCUGAUAAAUGUCCAAUUAAUUAACAACUUAAAUAGAUGAAAAGUUUUUUUUCAACGAGUUCAUUCAUCUACUGUGAGCUUAACAAUUUUUGUGAUCAAGUAACAAAUGUUAUUAAUAUUGACUACAACAUUCAAUGUUACGGUGAACGCCCAGAACUUACAUUAUUAUUUUUAAUAUAAAUUUUGUAAGUUGUAAUUUAAUUUUAAAAUUUCCGUUUAGUAUAGUUUAACUUAGUUUAAUAUCUGGCAGAUUAUAUAAAUCAUAUCCUUUGAAUUGCUGCUGCCUUUAAGCGUGGCUCCUAAUUUUUAUAAGUAAUUGCCGAAUAUGCCGGAUGGUGAACGAAACUGCAUUUGGAUAAACAAAUUUAAACUCGUCAUGUAUAUUUCACAAAUAGGUUACAUUCAAGCCUCUGUUAAAUCGGCAUUCUGUUAAAUUAUAUUUAUAAUUGUAUAAUUUUAAUGUGACUUAUCUAUUAUUAGUUAAAUUAUUUGAUUAAUUGUAAGUGAAUGCUUUUGUCGGCGUCUGUACCAUGUUCAAUAGUAACUUAGCUCUCUUCAACUGUGUUCACUAAAAUAAUCCGUCAUUUAACUUAUUUAUUAUAUGUUUGAUGUAUUUUACAUUUACCCAUUACUCAAAUGUCAAUAAAAUUCAAGACUUUUGCUUUAUUCUAACCCUGUCAGAGCCCAGAUUUAUGAGAAAGCAAUAUGUCUAUUAUUGACGUUUGAGUUGUGGAAAUUUUAUAUUUGACCGCCACAAUUUUUUAAAUUAUUACAUUUUGAAUAUUGUAUGAGAAAUCAGUAUUGACUAAAUAUGAUAUUUGUUUUAUUGUAUGUAUUUAUCCCUGUAAGUAAUACAAACAUCCGUCAUGUACGUGUGCGUUAAAUGCGUCUUCAUAGACAUCAAUGAAAACUAUUUAAUUGAGAGUACAGAUAGUAGACUCACGACACUCAUGUCAAACGACUUGACCACUGUGAAUGUAGCAACUAUAAAAUAUUGCUAAUAUUAAUAUAUUGCGAACUUCACAGUGGUGAUUUUGUAUGGCGCCAUCUAUAGUAUCAAAUGCUUUUCUGCCUCAAGCCUGCAUUUUCAAAGUCUUCGCUAUUCGCUUUGUUAUUGUUAAAGUAGUAUGUGGAUUGUAUUAUUUAAUUUGUUUAGAGUAAGUCUUAAAAUAUAUUUUAUUUAACGACUUGUUUCUUCCAUGUGGUUUAAGAAAGUGGCAAUACGAAACGGUAUUAAAGAGAUAUAAAAUAAUA